GCGAGCUCUCUGUCUCGCGCUCGUGUCUGAAUCCCCCGUCGGCGAGCCUCCUCCCACCCGCGCCACAGUCAAGCGUCAAGUGCAUCGGCAGCACAAGAAGAAUUUGGCUUCAGUAACCAUGCGGACGCGCGUUGAAUACGCCCACCCGCCUCGCGCCUCCCUCCCCGAACCGAGACCUUAAAUGACCCACGGCCACUAAGGAGUUCGCGCUUUCCCCGUCCGGAUCAUGGCAUGCGCCCCAUCCCGGACUUCCAAACGCGCGGCGCCGAGGUUCGAGAGCAGUAAACAUGGGGAUCAGGUCCAGAAAUGCCGCUAGCGGGACCGAGGACUCGCGCGAGCGGAAGAGCGCUCUGGCCGGCGAGCUGGAGCAAUGCGCGGGGCAGGAGCGAGACGGCGCGUUCCUGCUCGUCGGUUCGGGCAAAGAAACGGACUUUAAACGGGGCUCGCAGAACAUCGGUCUGCUCGCCAAGACGCCCCUGGGCUACACUCGUCCCGUGAAGAGGAAUAACCUCAGAAAGCGACGGAUCCAGACCCUAAUCUACGACGCGCUCGAGAGACCAAGAGGAUGGGCGCUGCUCUACCACGCGUUUGUGUUUCUGAUCGUUUUAGGAUGUCUGAUAUUGUCGAUUUUAACAACAUUCAGAGAACACGAGAAAGAUUCUGCUCACUGGUUGGUCAUUCUGGAAACAUUUACUAUCUUUAUUUUUGGGGGCGAGUUUGGAUUAAGGAUAUGGGCCGCUGGCUGCUGUUGUCGAUAUAAGGGAUGGAGAGGACGACUUAAAUUUGCACGCAAACCCCUGUGUGUCCUGGAUAUCUUUGUGUUGAUCGCUUCGGUACCUGUGGUCGUCGUACGUAACCAGGGAAAUGUGUUAGCCACAUCGCUGCGCAGUCUGCGUUUCCUGCAGAUUCUUCGGAUGUUGCGUAUGGACCGCCGCGGUGGAACCUGGAAACUGCUUGGAUCUGCAAUAUACACACACAGCAAGGAGCUGAUAACAGCAUGGUACAUUGGAUUCCUGUCAUUGAUCUUGGCUUCCUUCCUAGUGUACCUGGUUGAGAAGGAUGACAUUGCCACAAACCUUACAGACAUUGACAGCCUUUCCCCAACACCACCCCCACAGGACUUUGAUACCUAUGCAGACGCCCUCUGGUGGGGACUGAUCACCCUGACAACUAUUGGCUACGGUGACAAGACCCCAAAAACGUGGGCGGGGCGUCUUCUAGCCGGGACCUUUGCUCUUAUUGGUGUGUCAUUUUUUGCACUUCCAGCCGGUAUUCUUGGUUCUGGGCUGGCUUUGAAAGUGCAGGAACAGCACAGACAGAAACACUUUGAAAAACGUAGACACCCUGCAGCUUCACUGAUACAGGCUGCAUGGAGAUAUUAUUCCACCAACCCAGUCAGAGAAGAUCUCAUAGCCACAUGGAGGUUCUAUGAGACGGUGAUUUCCCUGCCAUGCUUCAGGAAGGAUCCUCUUGAGGUGAUGGCUAGCCAGAAAUUGAGUUUGUUGGAUCGCGUGCGCUUAUCCACUCCAAGGCCGUCGACGGUGAGGGCGCGCGUGAUGAUGCCCUCCACGAAUCCUGAGAACGUGCCAGCGGAAGCGGCUGAGGAAAGUCCAUCAAAAGAGGGAAAACCGGCAGGGUUUAGUAACAGAGAUAGAUUCAGGACUGCUUUUAGAAUGAAGGCCUACACCCUGAGACAAAGCUCUGAGGACACAGGUGGACUGCCUGACCGCACUCCUGAUGAGAAAGGUUUCCCGCCUGAUAUACUGAUGGAGGACAUGAUUCCAACUCUCAAAUUAGUAAUAAGAGCAGUGCGGAUUAUAAUGUUCCUGUUGAAUAAGAAGCGUUUUAAGGAGACUCUGAGGCCAUAUGAUGUGAAGGAUGUGAUUGAGCAGUAUUCUGCAGGACAUCUGGACAUGCUCACCAGAAUCAAAUAUCUACAGACACGAAUAGAUCUGAUUCUGACACCUGGACCAGCUCUUACUCCAAAACACAAGAAACCCCAAAAAGGACCAUUUCCAUACUCCAACCAACAGUCACCCAGACAUGAGUCAUAUCUUGCCAAAGCAGGCCUGCCAGAUACCGAAGACCAAAGCAUGAUGGGUAGAUUUAUGCGGGUCGAGAGACAGGUGGAAGACAUGGAGAAGAAACUAGAUUUCCUGGUCGAUAUGCAUAUGCAACAUGACCUUACAGGCCCCGCCCACAUGACCAUGGAAGGCUGCGACCCCACUCUGACUGUCAGUGUUGCGGGAGACCGUGUGUACUGCAGCUACGGCCCAUCACUACACAUCACACCAUAUUACACACACUCGCACUCGAACACACAACCCCAGAGACCUACCGUCCUGCCUAUUAGCCCACUGCCAAGCCACUCCCCGUCCUCCAACGUCAGCCAAUCAGGAGGCCGAAGGGUGGGCACUCCGCUGUCCCUGCUGUCGGUCACUCAUGAGGAGUUGGAACGUUCACCCAGCGGGUUCAGCAUCUCUGCGGAGAAAGAGGAGGUCAUGGGCAGGCCCUGUGGGUUACCGGCGGGGUCGAGCUGGGGUCACGAGCGCCAAUAUUUGGCCGAGGGAGAAACGGAUACGGACACUGACCCUUUUACCCCCAGCGGAACUGUUCCGCUCUCGUCCACCGGAGACGGGUUCCACUCCGAUGGAGCGUGGGGAACCCCACCUUAAAGACACAUACACGCACAAACACGGCCACACACGCUCUUUAUAAAGACUUUGUACAGCGAACCCCGACACGUAAUUUUCAAACGCGAGGACGUACUACUAAUCGUAUCUAAAUAUGUAUCCACUUCACGCUUUACCCCUGCAAAGCAAAGAGCACUGCAUGGAAUGCAUGCGUUUUAUCUCUAGUAGAUGCUGCCCUCGGCAGACCGAGACGUGUGAUUAUAUUUGACUGGAACUUUUAGAGAGGAGAAAAAACAACAGAUGCUAUGCCAUUUUUGUAAACAUUUAUUUUUCUAUUUACACAUGUUUUCAUAUGCAUGGAAUGCAUGACAUCCACAGAGCAGCUAAAUGUAAUGACGUCUACUCUGGUUUGCACUUGCUUUCAUUUCUAAAACUUCAGUUCGAGGAGAAACCUCACAAGCUUCUUUUUCUGCACCUCUGGGCUUGUUUUUGCUUUCUUUCUAAAGUUGAGAUUCCAAAAACCUUUUUACAGGCACGCAGCUCACGCCCCGGUCGGUGUGAACUGCAAGAGCACACUCACAUUUUUGCUGAAUUAAGAUGUUAUGUCAAGUCACCACUAGCAAUUUAAGGACCAAAAAUCUAAGCCGAUAUUCCACUCGUCCUCAGUUAGGAACUCCUCAAGGAAAACAGUGUUAGGCCUUAAUCCAACCGAUAAGCACAUCAUUUCUGUGAGUGGCACAUAAAACUGCCUGCUUGAAGAGUAUUGCCACAGCAUCAUGGGACCUAUGUUCCCAUGGUAACCACAGCUUAUCAAAAGCCACCCUACAUUUAAAACAUGUGUAGUUGCUUACACUGCAAAAAAAUAUAUUUUCUAUUUUUAUUUAGAUUUCCAGUACAAAUAUCUAACGGAUAUUAUAUCAAAAUACACUUACUUGACAAUUCAAAUGACAUGCAGUAAGAUAGAGGUUCUUUUUAUUAAAUUAAGUGAAUUUAUGCUUCAAACAUGAAAAUAUCUGCCAUUGGUGUAAAAAAGGAAACUUGACUUAAAAAAGACUCCCUUAAAAUAAUGAAAGAAUAUCUGCCAAAAAUUAAACUUGGAUUAAGCAGAAAACAAAGAAGUUAAACUUUCCAUUCCAUUUUCUACCACUUAUCCGAACUACCUCGGGUCACGGUGAGCCUGCGCCUAUAGAAGUUAAACUUAAUUCAGGUUUAUACACCAUUGGUAUAUAUUUUUUCUUAUUUUAAGCCAAACAAAAUCACUUAUUUUUUUAAGUAAUUUAAAAAAAAAAAUCUAGUAAAUGUAUCUUGAUUUAAUCAUUUGAACUGGCGAACAAGACAAAAAUAUUAAGAAGGAAUGUUUUACAACGUAGAUUUUAUAAUCUUAACUCUCAAAUCACACUUUAAAAUAAAUAAUUGCUUCAAAACAAUUAAUUAGGUCUUCCAUGAGGUUUCAUGUUCAACAGAUCCUUUAGAGCAGAUCUGCAUAUAUUUCAAUUCAAAUGUGAGUGUUUCAUCCUGUACGUGAAAUCUAGUGUGUAAAGUAAGCCCUUAUCUUCUUAUGAGUUCAUUUCUAAAGCUCUCCCUUUAAUGUUUUCUUCCAACAAUCAACAAUGCCUAAAUUCAUUCAGUUCUCUGCUCUAAAAACAUAUGCUGUGUUGCAUUGAGUAUAGAUCAACUGAGGAAUCAGAGGACCAAACAGACAAUCUUGUCUGUGUCAAGUAGUGUUACGUAAUUGUUAAACCGGUUGUGUAGAUCCAUUCAAUGUCACAUCACUGUCAGUUUCUCAUCUCACUCACCUGAAGAAGUAAUUCCUGACUCCUGGGAUUUCACUCACAUCAAAAAAAAUCUGUAAGAAAUACAUUUUUGGAAUCAAAAGAUAUAAGAAGAACGGAAGCUAUAAUAUCAAAUUGUACGACUAUUCUUAGUCCUAGUUACAUUUAUCUAGCAUUUAUUUAAUAGACAGUUCUGGCUAUAGAUUUAAGAACAGUCUAAACCCUGGUGUACAUUUUCUCUUAGACUAACACUGAUGUCUAUCAUAAUCUCAGUCCAACAAAACUGCCUAUACCUCAGGCCACACACAAUUUCCCAGAAACUGCUAUCUUAAACUGAUAACUGCUGUCUGAUUUCCCUCAUGACUAAUGGCCGAUGAUCUCAGACCACUGAGACACACUGCUACACUGCUGUUUAUUGUUUGUGCCUUGGUCUUUAAAAGCAGCAGUCGCUCUCAACCGCUCACAUCUUCUCGUUCUCUUUAGCAUUAGUCCAAACUGCCAUUACUUUGCUUUUUAGGCCAUCCAUAAUCGUUUCACUCUUAGUGGUAUAAACCUUGCUUUCGUUCCUUUUACUAGGACUGAUUUUCCUUUUUGAGACCCAACAAAUAAUGUUUUGUUUCUUCUUGGUUUCAGAAGAAACGAUUUCACACUAGUGGCCUUCUAAGCUCUUAUAUUCAUUCCAGUUUUUUAAUAAUAAUCUUUAUUUACAUUCUGGCUGAGGCCAGUUUUAAGAGUUUCAUUUGAUGAAUUAAUAUGCAAAUGUUAUGACUAACUUGAUUUGUUUUGUUAAAUCUUCAAAUUGCACCAGUUAGUAAUAAAGAUAUGUUC